AUGGAUGCUCAACUGAAGUCAAAGAUUGAAGAAUGGCUUAAAUGGGAUAAAAACGAAACCACACGGUCGCAAAUCGCCGCGCUGUCGUCCUCUGGUGAUAACUCUCAACAAAUAAAGAAGUUACUAUGUAAUCGAAUGGAGUUUGGUACUGCCGGUCUUCGGGCGAGAAUGGGUCCUGGAUACUCUCAAAUGAAUGAUCUUACUAUUAUUCAAACGGCUCAGGGUUUACUUAAAUAUCUGACGGAAAACCACAUUCACCUAAAGCCAAAGGGUAUAAUCGUUGGCUUUGAUGGUCGCCACAACAGCAAAAAAUGGGCCUGCAUUACUGCCAACAUUUUUACUCGCGCUGGUUGGAAGGUCUACUUGUUCCAAGAUUUCAAUCCUACUCCAUUCCUCGCUUUUGGCGUUCGCCACUUUAAGACUGCUUGUGGUGUCAUGGUGACAGCAUCUCACAACCCCAAGGAUGAUAACGGAUACAAGGUGUAUUGGGAAAACGGUGCACAGAUCCUUAGUCCACACGACAAGGGCAUUGCCAAUGCAAUCCUCCAGAGUUUGGAACCACAAGAGGGUUCCUGGGACUUCAAUGAUGUUAUGAAUCAUCCUCUGUGCUUGAACCCGUCGCCCGAAUUGGAGGAUACGUAUAUGAAAAUUCAAAAGGAGAGGAUUUGUUUCACUGAAGAAGAAAACAAGAAAUCCGCCGUGAAGUUCGUGUAUACGGCCAUGCACGGUGUCGGUGCUCCAGCAGCCGAAAGGAUCUUCCAUCACUUCGGAUUCAAGCAUCUUAUUCCAGUUGUUGAACAGAUAAAACCGGAUCCGGAGUUCCCGACAGUGAAGUUUCCCAACCCCGAGGAAGGUCGUUCGGCUCUCGAGCUAUCGAUUGCUACUGCAAAUAGAGAGGGUGCGACCGUAAUCUGUGCCAACGAUCCCGAUGCCGAUCGAAUGGCCGUUGCGGAGAAGCUGCCUUGCGGGAAGUGGAAGAUUCUCAACGGCAAUGAACUGGCCACCCUCCUUGGCUGGUGGAUGUGGACGAACUGGAGAAAGCGCCACCCCAACGCCGAUCUGUCUAAAGUCUACAUGAUCUCGAGUACUGUGUCGUCAAAGAUCCUUCGCGCUAUCGCCCAAAAAGAGGGCUUCAAUUUUGAGGAAACAUUGACGGGUUUCAAGUGGAUCGCCAACAAGGCCUACGACCUGAUGCAGCAGGGUAACGAGGUGGUCUUUGCAUUCGAGGAAGCCAUUGGUUUCAUGUGUGGGACAACUGUGCUGGACAAGGACGGUAUUGGCGCGUUCAGUGCUGUCUGCGAGAUGACCUCCCACCUCUACGGCUCGAAUGUCACCCUCGUCCAGCAGCUGGACAAAAUCUUCGAGAUCUAUGGCAAGCAUGUAUCGAACAACGGCUACUACUUCUGCUACGAGCCCCCCAAGAUCGUCAAGAUGUUCGACCGUUUGCGUCACAUGCCCGAGACCGGACACUACCCAAUAGCCUGCGGCCGUUUCAAGGUCUCCGGUGUGCGCGAUCUAACCGUUGACUAUGACAGCUCCUACCCGGACAAAAAAGCCCGGCUACCCGUGAGCACGUCGAGCCAGAUGAUAACCUUCAGCUUCGACAACGGCGUCAUUCUUACCCUGCGCACCAGUGGCACGGAACCCAAGAUUAAGUACUACUCUGAGCUCUGCGCAAAACCGGGGGACAAGCGCUCGACAGCUGAACUGGAGGCGGAGCUGGCUGAACUCAUUGGCAUCAUGGUGGAGGAGUUCUACCAGCCAAAGUUGAAUGGUUUCACGCCGAGGUCCGAUUGA